AAAGGUUAGGGAUCGAUGGUUCAACCAACCCUUUUUCUGUCCUGGGUCUUCUUUUUCUCGGGUAAUCUGAAGAAGCGAAAAGAGGAGGAGAUGAAGCUCUCACUUCUGCCGCCUCUAUUGAUCCUCUGCUCGGAUCUCAUCCUCCAGCCCACCCCUCCUCUCCUGACGGCACUUCCCUUGCCAACACCCACCGCCCACUCCUUUUCCCAAACUGGUAAUCUAAUCACUGUGAGCCGCACCCCGAAUAAAAUCUACCAUCCGUUGACGGGAUCCUGCGUCCUCCGGACGUCCUUAUCAGACCCACUGAAGCUCGGCGCUUGCGACCGAUCCGAUGCGUGGAAGUACACGCCUCAGAAGUUUUUGGUUGUAGGAGGUACAUACUUCUGCUUGCAAGCUGCAGCGUCCGGAGAGCCGGCAAGACUCAGUAUCAUCUGCUCUGAGUCUGAUUCCCAAUGGGACUUAACACCGAAUGCGAAGUCAUACGUAUCAACAAAGCUAGAGGAUGGGAGUGAUUUGUGCUUGGAUGUUGAUUCGGAGAACACGCUUGUAACCAAUCCGUGUUUGUACUAUCGCAGCGGCGACGCAAUGGAUUGCAACUCGGAUAGCCAACUGUUUGAGUUUGGCGGUCGAAGCUAGUCUUCAAUAGAUACCAUAGAGACAGAAUUCAAGCUUCGCUGCAGAGCUUCUCUUCUUCUAUGCUAUUGUAUGAAUGCUAGAAGUAUUGUUCACUGUGCUUUGCAUGACAAUAAUGAUAGGUUUGGAGUAAUGCAUUUGAGUGUUUAUGUAUCACACAGAAGCUUUCUUGUCCAAGAACUUAAUUGUCAUACAGAACAGACUUUGAAUUGUUGAAAUCAAUUAUCUUUGAGGGAUUAUGCAUUUA